ACUUUCUCUCUCUACCUUUUUGUUUCUCUCUCUUAUGGGGAGUGGCUAUUUUGGGGAGAUGAAUAUGGGGAAUAAUAAUAUUGAUAAGAGGAGAAGUGGGUCGCCGUCGUCGGCGGCGGCGGUGGCGACGGUGGUGAGGAGAGGGAGGAAGGGAGGCGGCGGCGGAGAGAAGCCGAAGCAGCCGCAGAGAGGGUUGGGAGUUGCUCAGUUGGAGAAGAUCAGAUUGCAUGGCGAAAUGGGUUGUGCGGCUUACGGCCACCCGUAUCCAAAUCUCUCCGCCAGCGAUGACAUGAGAAUUGAAACGGCGUCGUCUUCAUCUCCUUCCUAUGGCUUCUACCAAACCUUUAUGGGAAUGGGAGAACAUGAAAGAGGAAGCUUCGGAUAUGGUGAUUUUCAGCCAACAACUUCUCUAAGAUGGGACCCAACUCAUACAUUCUUGGAGACCCAACAUUUCGGUCAACCAAACAUGACCGGACACCUUUUCAAUACUCAUUUACAGGAUUCAAAAUACGGGAGUGAUUCAAUGGGAUUAAGCAGCAAGAAUUCUGAAUCGAGUGAACUAGAUUUGGAGCUGAGAUUGUCAAUUUAA